GAUCAGCGCGAAGUUGUAGGCGACCUGGGGAAACCGUUCGGGGCCAACGGGGGCGUCUUCCCGCGGCAUCGAACAGCUGGGGCGCUCGCCGUCGAGGCGCUGGCCGCGCCGGCCUCUGGGUCUGCCGGGGCGUCGGGGCGCUCGCCCCCUGGCUGCGCCCGGGCGGCCGCCUCGUGCUGCUCGCGUGCUCGGACCGCAACCCGGACCCCUGGGAGGGGCCGCCCAGGCGGAUCUCCGAGCGACGCGCCCGUGCUCUGCGUGGCGGCGCGCGCAAAGGCGGGCCUCGCUGGCGCCAGGUGA